UAUUACAAACACGCAUCGAAUUAUAUUCGAUUUUCUCUGUUAAACCACGACUAUCUAUUUGUACCAAUCAUCAAAUUUUUGAUAUUAAAUUAUUAGAAAAAAAAUGACACAAACUAUUGUCGAUGAGAAACCAGAAGAAGAGGUAAAAAUUGAAGAUCAAGUAAGUGGAUCUGAAGAAUCUGAAGAUGAAUCUGAUGCUGGUGAAGGUACUGAAGAACAAAAGGAUGAAAAUUUGGCCGCUGCUGCUGCCAAUAUUCUAUCACAGGAUGAUGCUGGUUCAAAGGGUAAACAAUCUCGUAGUGAAAAAAAGGCCCGUAAAGCUAUGUCAAAGCUUGGUCUUAAAUUGAUACCGGGUAUCAAUCGUGUGGCCAUAAGAAAAUAAAACAUUCUUUUUGUUAUCAACAAACCAGAUGUUUAUAAAUCUCCUGCAAGUGAUACCUAUAUUAUAUUUGGUGAGGCAAAAAUUGAAGAUCUUAGCCAAAAAGCACAGAUGGCUGCUGCAGAAAAAUUCAAAGCACCCGAAGGAAUUGGUUCUGGUCUUUCAGGUGUUGAUGGUCAACCAGGAACUGUUGGAGAAAAUAUUGCUACAGCAACAAUACCUGAAGAAGAAGAAGAAGGUGAAAUUGAUAUGACCGGUAUUGAAGAGAAAGAUAUUGAAUUGGUCAUAUCACAGACUGGUGUUACAAGAACCAAAGCCAUAAAAGCUCUACGUAAUCAUGAUAAUGAUAUUGUCAAUGCUAUUCUGGAACUGACCACAUAAAUUUCCAAUAACCAUCUUAUUCAACAAGAGAGAG